GAUCUGGAACUAAUCAGAUUGAGAGCGCGCCGGCCUGGGCCGCGAACUCGCCAAUUGCGGAAGGCCUCGGCCGCCGCCCAAUCCAGAGCAGACAGGUGCGAAGUCCGGAAGCCAGCGGCCAAUCGGCCGCGGUUGCGGCCUGCUGGGGCGGGUCUUGGCCAAUGAGAAGGCUCGAAUGACAUCUCCGCGCGCCAAUCGGGAGUGAGGGAGCCUGCGUGCCCGCCCGCCCUUCCGGCCAGCGCUCUAUUUACCAGGGGCGUGCAGCCCGCUUGCCAAUCAGCGCGCGGCUCAGCGGCCAGCAGCCAACCCCGGAGCAGCGGCCGGCCGGCGUCGGCCCGCACCCAGGAGUGGGGGAUGUCCUACAAGCCCAUCGCCCCCGCCCCCAGCAGCACCCCCGGCUCCAGUACCCCUGGGCCUGGCACCCCGGUCCCUACAGCCGGAAGCGUCCCAUCGCCGUCGGGCUCCGGGCCGGGAGCCGCUGCCCCUUUCAGGCCACUGUUUAACGACUUUGGACCGCCCUCCAUGGGCUAUGUGCAGGCUAUGAAGCCGCCCGGCACUCAGGGCUCCCAGAGCACCUACACUGACCUGUUGUCGGUCAUAGAGGAAAUGGGCAAGGAGAUCCGGCCCACCUAUGCAGGAAGCAAGAGUGCUAUGGAGCGCCUGAAGAGAGGCAUCAUCCACGCCCGGGCCCUGGUCAGAGAGUGCCUGGCCGAGACAGAGCGCAAUGCCAGAACGUAACGGAAGCGCCCUCGCCUUCUCGCCUGGACCUUGCCGGUCACCGAAGAGCACCGACCUCUCCCCGGCCUCCACCCCGAGUUGCACUUCCUGCCCUGUGUCCCUGGGUGGGCACCCUCCAGGAACCAGGGCCCAGCCCACUCCGGUCUGCUGCACUGGCCGAGGGCCCUCCAACUGUCAGCCGCCAGGUCACUGUGAAUCCCCUCUUCCCAUGACCUGCCAUCAGUGCUGAUCCACCGGGAGCCUUCACCUUCCGGUGCCCCCUCCCCCCUCAGCACCUAGCCAGCACCAAGGACUACUUCCUUUCCAACCCCUUGUCCCCAGCAGGCGCCUGGAAGGCUGGUCACUCCCUGCCUUGUCCCCUGGGCCACAGCAACUCUUUUCUCAAGUGUGUCUUUUGCUAAAUAUGCCCUUUUUGUAUAAAAUAAAGCCGAUUUGGAGUUGUU